AUGAGCGACUGGAAGCCAACAAGUCCAUUAAAACUUUCGGGCGAUACGAAUUUCAGUGAAGACGACGAACUUUUGAGAUCUCGUGACCAGCAUCGGGCAAAGGUAUCAUCCGUGCUCACGCAGCUACCGCGUGCCCAAGACGAAGACAGUACUGGAACAAGUCCAAGUGUGCAGUCUACAGCGCUGACCACGUACAGCUCAUCAGGCCUGGACGGGCUCUAUGAAUCGUCAGGAAAUACGAGCAGUGAAAGCAGCAAUUACAGCAGUUCUGGGGUCUAUCAUAGACCCCGAAAGGCCUUUACGGGGCUGUCAAAUCAGGGAGCGACAUGCUAUAUGAACAGCCUGCUACAGAGCAUGUUUAUGACACCAGAGUUUCGUCAAGGACUGUACACAUGGACAAGACACAAUGCUGCCAAGAAGAUGACAGAAGAGGAGAAAGAAGUAGAAGAAGACGAAGAAGAGGCAGAUGAAGACAAUAUUCCAUUGCAAUUGCAAAAUCUAUUUGCCAAGCUGCAAUUGACAACAAAGGAUGCUAUUUCUACUAAAGCUUUGACAAAAAGCUUUGGAUGGACGGGAGGUGACGUUUUCCAGCAACAUGAUGUGCAGGAACUGUGCCGAGUGCUGUUGGAUGCGUUGGAGAAAUCGUUCAAGGAUACGGUGAAUGAAAAUCUUGUAAACGAUUUAUACCAGGGAUUGUUGAAGGAUUACGUGCAGUGCUGUUACUGUGGAUAUGAAAGUUCGAGGAUUGAUAACUUUCUCGACUUGUCUCUAGUCAUUCGGCCUUUUGGAUCGACAGAGAUGAUGAAAACGGUCGAGGAAGCUAUUGAACUGUUUCUGAGACCGGAAGUACUGGACAAAGAGAAUCAGUGGGUGUGUGAUCGAUGCAAGGUGAAACGAAAUGCAAUCAAGGGUCUGAAGUUCUCAAAGCUGCCGUAUAUUUUGAUGCUGCAGCUGAAACGCUUUGAUUUUGAUUAUGCCACGAUGAACCGCAUUAAACUGCACAACAAAGUGACGUUCCCAAAGUAUUUGGACAUGAAUUCGUACGUGAGCGACGAAAAUGGUGGUGCUCCAGGUAAAAUUGCCAGAAAAAUGUCGAUGGAACGUCAUGAAUUAGGAGGCAAAAACUACCGCAGAUCAACUGAAGAUUUGACGCCAACAACGUCUUCUUCACCUCCUUUAACGCUAAAUCUUGCAGCAAUGGGUGAAAGAUUGCAUCGAUUGUCGUCUAUGGAUGAAUCACAGCCGAUAAGUUUUGAAAAAUGCGAGGAAAAGGAGGAUGAAAGUAAUGAGGAUGAUGACAUACAUGGUGUUGCUUCAUUCGACACGUGGAGUCCUUCGUUUGACCCUGAAGUCAUGAUCAAGCGCUCAGGACCCCAUGUGUAUGAGUUGUACUCUGUGCUUGUCCACUCUGGCAGCGCGCUGGGUGGUCAUUACUAUGCGUACAUAAAGUCGAUGGAGUCGGGCAGGUGGUAUAACUUCAAUGAUUCCAUUGUUAGUGAAAUAUCUGACACGGAACUUAAAACAGCAUUUGGCGGCGCCAGUGGCUCUGGUUAUAAUACGCGCUACAGCACGUGCGCAUAUAUGCUCUUAUACCGCCUAGUUUCUGCUGAAAAGAAUGUCAAUGUGAUUUUACCAGAGAGUAUUCCUCAGUAUUUGAAAGACAAGAUCCGCGCUGAGGAAGAAACGAUACAAAGACUUGAACAGGAGCGGCUAGAGAUGACAAAAAAGGUACAAGUUAAGUUCUUUAUGAAGGGAUCCAAGCCCAAAAACAUUGAGAAGGCAAUUUAUUUAUACAAGACUUCAACAGUGCGAGAAGCGCUGGAAACAGCUUGCAAGGAAUUUGCGAAGGAGAAGGAUGUUAUCGUUCCUUCGAUAGAGAACGUGAGGUUACGGGGAUACAACGAUUAUAAUUGUAUGCUAUCGGAGACGUACAACGGUAGGGAAGAUAUGCCGUUGUCAUCGCUAGGAAUCUACGCAGGCCAACAGAUUUUCCUUGAAGUUAAGAACGAUGACGAGGAAUGGGAAGAGUAUGACCCGAUGAAAUUACAACUUUUCAUUCGUCGCUUUAUGGAUCCAGAGUUAAACGACGCUAGCAAGCUAUCCAAAAACUUGCUGAUGGUGAGAUGCGUUCAGGCGGACGAAGAAGCAGAUGUUGCGUCUCUUUGUGCUUUGAUUGCAAAGAAGUUUUCGGUUGUAGCGGAUCGUAAAAUUCGCCUAAUCAAGAAAAGUGCAACGACAUACAGCGUUUCCGCGGCCAAUAUAUUAAAUGCAAAUGAAGAAAAGCGUACGCUAAGCUUGCGGCUGAAGAUGGAUCUACAUCUUAUGAACGGAAUGGAAUUGUACUUCGAGGAGACGCCAGACCUUACGCUUGCGUCACCUGCUGAGGCGUUCUUUGAGCGCGAAUCUAACAUGAUCACAGUCAACUUUAAGUUCCUGUCAAACCCAGCGCAGCCCAUGCGUAUCGACAGACGAGAGACAAUUCGAGUGUUGAAGGAGAGAAUAGGCACUGAAAUUGGGCUACCGUCGAACGCGUUUAAGCUUUUACGUGGCAUCAACAGUGCAGGCGUAGAAAUCAAGGCGAUCGAUAGCACUCUUUCCAAACUGUCGAUCGGGUCGAAUCAUACGGUCUUUGCAUUGGAAGGUACUCCGCUGAACACUGGGGAGUAUAACUUCAGACUGAUGUUUUAUCAACCGGUUACAGAGAGCGACGACAGCAGUCGCCAGGAUCAGCCUAUCGUUACGAACGCGUUACCAGAUAGCAACGACAGCCAGGAUUUGUUUGAUAUCGAUGAAGUGCUAGUGGCAACAGGGAAGGAUGACUCCUUGCUGAAGUUUGUGAGCCAAAUCGUUAUUAGCGAGGAAAUGCUGGUCGAAGACAUUCGUCAAAAAGUGUGGGAUGAGUUGGUGGAGAAAAACUUUGUGAAUGCGAAAGACAGACAUCUGACUCCAUCUCACAUCCGUCUACGCGAUUUGCGUCAAAACACCAUGACAAGCGUGUUGGUGGAUGGCCAAAAGCUCGUCGAGGCAUCGAAACUGGCAGUGUACGAAGGAAGAAGCAUUGUUGCAGAAAUCUUGACAGAGCCGGAGACUUUAGAAAUUAAUCACCGGAUUGUUGAAUUUGUGUACGUGGAUCGCAAGUCGUGGCGUUUUGUCAAGAAUAUGCGACGUGAGGUAAUAAUUUCAACCUCAGAGGAGGAUAACCACCUUGAGACGUAUUUGGCGGAAGCUGCUAGCGCUGCGUUGUCAAUGGCAGCUGAGCGGCUACGCUUUGCACGUAUUCCAUAUCAUCGUGACUCGAUUGACAUUCUCGAAGUGGUUACAUACGUGUUCUCUCCUGCUGACACAAUCGUACGUAUGGAUACCGAGUAUCAAGAGCUCUUUUUGGUGAUUGACAUGCAUGUGGAAGUGACGUACAUGGGUAAGCAUGAGCGCCAGCUUAUUCAGAACUUCUUGGCGAAGAAAAGUGAAGAAAAGACGCAAGCCCAACGUGCAAAACGCUCGUCCAGUGAAAACAGCACGCAUCAGUAUCAGAAGCCCAAAGAAGCUGCGCUGGUGAUCCGCACUCGAUCCAGGACGAGCGAGCACAAGGGUGCUGGGAGUGUAGGGAGCAGCAUUGGCAAAAACUCAACUGGAGUCAGCAUUCACACGCCAACUCAUCGUACUGGAACAGCCGUAGCGCGUCACCAUGCCUCCUCCGAUACUGAUGAUGAGGAUGACACCGAUUCAUGA